AUGGACCCCUCCGCCUUCCCCUUCCCCGUCUCCGGCCGCGUCAUCUCCGCCCUCAACCUCCUCCCCUACGAGCUCUACUCCUCUUCCCCAGACUCACCCACCCCCCUCGCCGUCCGCCAUCGUCGCGGCAACUCUGCUCUUUAUUCCGCUCUUUCCUGUCUCGACCGCUCGGCCUGGGACUCGGUCCUUGUCGCCUGGACCGGCGAGAUCGUCGGCUACGACGACCGCGUCCAGGCCGUCCUCUCGUCCACCUCCCGCACAAAGCACUCCUCUGAUCCCAUCCUCAAUGACUUUCGUCUUUCUCCCGCUGAUGAGAAGACUGCUACCGAGCUCCUCGAAUCCGCUGCUGCUGAUUCCGGCUCGAAAAUAGCCCCCGUCUUUCUCUACGGUGGAGAUCAGUCGAGAUGGCGAUCAUACGCCGAGCAGGUCCUCUGGCCCCUCCUCCACUACAUCCUCGGCGAACCCUCCGACGGCAUCGAAGAGAAAAAAUCCUGGCUCGACUACGUCAAAUUCAACGAAGCCUUCGCCGACCGCAUCGUCGAAAUCUACCGUCCCGGCGACGUCAUCUGGGUCCACGACUACCACCUCCUCCUCCUCCCCCAGAUCCUCCGCCAGCGCCUCCCAAAAGCCUACAUCGGCUCUUUCCUCCACGCCCCUUUCCCGUCCUCCGAGUACUUCCGCUACCUCACCCGCAGAUCCGAGCUGCUCGAGGGCAUGCUCGGCUCGAAUAUGGUCGCCUUCCAAUCUCUUUCCUACGCCCGCCACUUUAUCUCCUCCUGCUCCCGUCUGCUUGGGUUCGAGUCGACCGCGACGACAGUAGACGCGUUUGGCGCCCGCGUCUCCGUCAACGUCUUCCCGAUCGGUAUCGACGCCGCCCGCGUCGAGCGCGACAUGCAAACCCCCGCCGUCCUCGACAACAUGCACGCCAUCCGCGAGCUCUACCCGGGCAAGAAGAUUAUCGUCGGUCGCGACAGACUCGACUCUGUGCGGGGUGUUAUGCAGAAACUGCAGGCGUUUGAGAUAUUCUGCCAGAUGUAUCCUGAAAAGGUUGAGAACGUGGUGUUGAUCCAGAUCACGUCGCCCGCCUACGCAAACUCGGCCAAGAUCGAGCGCAAGGUGUCGGAGCUGAUUGCGCAUAUCAACGGCACCUACGGCAUGCUGCAUUUCACACCCGUCCAGCACUAUCCCCAGCAGAUUGCCAGAGACGAGUACUUUGCGCUGCUGCGCGUCGCCGAUCUCGCGCUCAUCACCUCCGUCCGCGACGGCAUGAACACGACCUCGCUCGAGUUUGUCGUCUGCCAGCGGGACUCCCACGCCCCCGUCAUUCUCUCCGAGUUCACCGGCACCGCUGGCUCACUGUCCGACGCAAUCACAGUCAACCCCUGGGACUCAGUCGGCGUCGCGAAAGCAAUCUACGACGCCCUCUUCGUAAUGAGCGACGACAGCAAAGCUUCGCUCGAGCGCAAACUCUACGACCACGUCACCACGCACAACGUCGAGACCUGGGUCGCGCACUACCUCACCGCGCUCAUGGGCGUGAUCGAGUCCGACAGCAACUCAAGCACGACCCCCGUGCUCGACUCGCCGCGCAUGUACGCGGCCUGCAACGCCGCGCAGGACUGUCGCGUGUUUAUGUUUGACUACGACGGCACACUGACGCCGAUCGUGCGCGAUCCGGCGGCGGCAGUUCCCCACCCGCGCGUGCUGCAUAUGCUCGAGACGUUGGCUGCCGAUCCGAAGAAUAAAGUGUGGAUUAUCUCUGGGCGCGACCAGACGUUUUUAGACAGAUAUCUCGGCGCGCGGAUUCCACGGCUCGGACUAUCUGCCGAGCACGGCUGCUUCAUGAAACCGAUCGGGGCAAAGGACUGGGUCAAUCUAACAGAGAAAGCAGACAUGUCGUGGAUGAAGGACGUGAUUGAGAUAUUCCAGUACUACACCGAGCGCACGCAGGGCGCCUUCAUCGAGCGUAAACGAGCGGCCGUGACGUGGCAUUACCGGCGCGCGGACCCCGAGUACGGCGCGUUCCAGGCGCGCGAGUGUUUGAACCAUCUCGAAAACACGGUGACGCAGAAAUACGACGUCGAGGUGAUGCGCGGCAAGGCGAAUCUGGAAGUCCGUCCGCGGUUCGUAAACAAGGGUGAGAUUGCGAAGCAGUUGGUGCGCGAGUACACUUCUGCAUCUACCACGGGCUCCGCACCCGAGUUUGUGCUGUGCAUGGGCGACGACUCGACGGACGAGGAUAUGUUUCGGGCGCUGAGGAAGUUUGAGGGGUUGGAUCAGGACAAGACGUUUACGGUCACGGUCGGGCCGAGUAAUAAGCGGACGACGGCGGCGUGGCAUUUGUUGGAUCCGUAUGAGGUUGCGAAAGCGGUCGGGGCGUUGGUGGGGAUUACUGAUAUUAAAGAGGAGAUGGGGUCGUCUUUGUAG